GGACGACGAUACGCCAAAGAAAACACCGUAAAGGUUACAAAUGUUGACUUAAAAAAGGUAUUUAUGAUUGAUUUUAUCGAAGAAGCUGAAAGAUGUAUAGGAGAGGGCACAGUGUAUGCAUGUGUUCCCAGACCACCUAGUAAUAUAGAGAUAACAUUAAAUUCCGUAGAAAAUGCUAUAAAAUUAUGUGAUGAAGGUUUGAACAUUCACGAUGAACACUUUUCAGUUGAAUUAUGCUUUUCUAAAAAUACUGUCGUGUCAAUAUUUAAUCUCCCGAGUCAUAUUGAUGAUGAAGUUAUAACAAAUAAACUAGAGCAAUAUAAGAUUGAAAUUGUAGAAAAUGUAGUGCGCCAUUAUUACAAGCAAAGACCAGAUAGUGCCGACGGAACACGCCAUGUCAAAUGCAAAUUCCCCCCGAAUUUUCACUCGCUUCCAUGGGCCAUGCAGUUUGAUACCCCCGAUGGCCCCCAAACCUUUAAAGUUGUACAUAAUAAUCAAAGUAAGGUGUGCUUCGAAUGUUUAUCUCCCGAACACGAAAAAAAAGAAUGCCCCAAAAUACAAUGCCGUAAAUGCAAGAUUUUCGGACACAUGGCUUUCAACUGUAAAAAUGAGAAAUGUGACAAAUGUGACAGGUAUUUAACUCAAUGCACGUGU